AUGUUCCUGACUACGGGACUGACAUGGGUAUAUAUGUACAGUCCACUGCAGAGUCACAGAUGCGACUCACAUCACCCCCCACUUCAGCGUUACGCCAGGCGCUUCGCACUAAAAGCUGCAAGCUCCCUCGGAAUGCUAAGAUUUUGCUGA